AUGGGCAGCUGUCACAUGCAGCCAUAUGGUGGUGAAACGGAGCUCGACUCCCAGGGGGCUUUGGGUCGAUCCGCCACAGGUGUGCCAGAAGGGUUUGAAGAGCAGGACACUGAUCUUUUUCUGUGCGACACAAACACAUGCAAGUUUGACGGCGAGUGUCUGCGGAUCGGGGACACAGUGACAUGCAUCUGUGACUUUAAGUGCAGCAGUGACUAUGCUCCAGUGUGCGGAUCUAAUGGCGAGAGCUAUGAGAAUCACUGUCUCCUGCGCAAAGAGGCCUGUAAAUUGCAGACAGAAGUGCUGGUGGUGUCAGAGAGUGCCUGUCCUGUCGAUGCUGGCUCUGGAUCAGGGGAUGAUGUUAACGAGGGUUCAGCCGAGAUCAGUCAGAAGGAGACAUCAACAUGUGACAUUUGUCAGUUUGGGGCCGAGUGCGACGAGGAUUCUGAGGAUGUGUGGUGUGUGUGCAACAUUGAUUGCUCCCACAUCAGUUUUAAUCCAGUCUGUGCAUCAGACGGCCGUUCCUAUGACAACCCCUGCCAGGUGAAAGAGGUGUCGUGUCAGAAGCAGGAGAGGAUUGAGGUCAAAUACCUCGGACAUUGUAAGGAGGAGAAAGACCAGGUGAGCGAGGUACCGUGGGGUCUUUACAUCCCGUGUCCGGAGCGUUAUAAGAACUACUGUGUCCACGGAGAGUGCGAGUAUCCUAGCAACCUCUCACCUCCCACCUGCAGUUGUCAUUCAGGCUUCAUUGGGCCGCAGUGUGACACGAAGGACUAUAAUGUGAUGUAUGUGGUACCUGGUUCGGGAAAGAGUUACAUUCUGAUCGCAUCCAUCAUUGGAGUUCUGCAAGUGGCCAUUAUCUGCCUCUUAGUGCUUUGCAUCACACGAAGGUGUCCACGUGGGAAUCGAAUAGCACGGCAGAAACAAAAUGUUCCACACUUCAACUCCCAAAACACUCUGCGGGCCUCCACCAGACUUAUCUGACGAACCCUUAAACUUAGAGUGACAUGUGCUAAAGACAGCAGAGAAAAGGCCCCGGGGAAUUGUGGGAACAUACCCCCCUCCUGACAGGUGUUGCUGGGUGUGUGUAAGAACUGAGACUGGACUCCUGGCAGUGUGCAAACCUUAUCGUCCCAUGAUUCCCCGAGGACGCAAACAGGGGACAGCCUCACGGGACGGGCCUGCAGUGGUUUUUCCACCUGGCCUGCAGGUUUGAGUCAGACUCAGUGGGAAAGAGAGCAGGCAGUCAGCUUCGUCAGAGCGUACAGCCAAAAACAGCCCUUCCCUGGGGUUGCAACAAUCUGGAAAGAGAAGUGCUUGUGGAAGGAUGGAUGGAUGAAUGGAUGGAUGAUGGAUGGAUGACUGGAGAGGUGUGCCACAUGUUGCCUUGUAUUUGUUGUCUAUGACACCGUCGAAGAAAUAAGCUCUCCAGGGCUCUCUUUGGUUAUGUAUUAUAUAUUUCCAAUAGGU